AGAAAUUGAACCAGAACAUUAAUCAGAUCGGUUUAAGUUCAUACUAACUGGUUAUCUUCUUCUUUGUGGGGAAGUCGAAGGGUUUGUGAGAUCUCAUAACUCCGGUGAAUCCUCUUCGUCCAGACUCCAGACUCCAGACUCCAGAUCUUCAGAAUCUACCUCGCACGAAAUCUCAGACAAUGACAAAGAAGGUUUGUUCAUGUAUCAACGAGUUGCCCGACGAUUUGAUCUUGAAGAUUUUGUCAUUCGUUUCUACUAAACAUGUUGUAGUGACAAGUCUUUUGUCAAAAAAAUGGAAAUCUCUUUGGACAAGGGUGCCUAUACUCAAGUACGAUGUUCGGGAUCACACUAGAUUUGAACGAUUUCUCGACAAGUCUCUGUUCUCACACCAAUCUCAUGUUCUAGAAAGCCUUCAUGUCGAAUUAAGUGUGACCCUGUGGAAUAAAGACAUUGGACCAUGGAUUAGAACCGCGCUUCAUCAUCAUCAUUGCCACCUCCGUGAGCUAGAGAUAGAUGCUUGUAUUGUCCAUACCGUAUUACCUCCUGAAUUGUUUACCUGCAAAACACUUGUUGUCUUGAAACUCAAAGGUAUAGUGAUCGAUGUGGAAGCUCCUCUUACAACGGUCUCUCUCCCAUCCCUAAAAACUCUGCACAUUGACCACUCGAGUUUAUUCGACUUUGGAUCCCUUCAAAUGCUUUUAUCCAAUUGCAAUUUUAUUACUGACCUAAUGGUCAUAAGAGAAUCUCGUUUCUUUUUUGCUGAGUACGACGUUUCUUGGUGUAAAACACUUAUGGCCUUGAAACUCGAAGGCUUGAAGGAUGUGAUAAGCAUUUCUUCUUCUUCCGCGGUAUGUCUCCCACUCCUCAAAACUCUCCAUGUUGCCCGCAUGGAGGACUUUAACAAUGAUUCCUUUUGUCGGCUUUUAUCCAAUUGCCCUGUUCUCUCCGACCUAACACUGGAAGAAAAAACCAGUGAUGUUUUGUUGAAUUUGGAUAUCGACAUGCCUUACUUACAAAGAUUGUCGAUUAUCACAAGAGUCGAUGCAGAUUCCAAGCAUAUUUUUAGUUUGAUGAAAAACUACACUCGAAAGCUUGCGAUUAUCGCACCUUCUUUCAAGUACUUCAGCAUUCAAGAGUUGGCAUAUGCAAGCCGUUACCGGUAUAUUGUACGGGUUAGGCUCGGAGUUCCAUCAAAAUUAGAGGAUGCAAGUACCUUCAGUCGAAUCGUGCAUCUGGAGCUGAGCAUAUGUAGUGAAAGAUCUGUGGAAAUGCUUGUAGAUUUGCUCCUAUGUUUCACUAAAUUGGUGGUCCUCAAGCUUGAACAUGUUUACUUACUAACCCCGUUGGGUCGUUGGGAACCGCCAAGUUUGGUUCCCGAAUGUUUGUUGUCCAGUCUUGAAGCUCUAGAGUGGAAAGGGUACACAGGGAGAUACGGAGAUAAGGAUCUGGUGAGUUAUCUCCUGAACCAUGCGCUUUGUUUGAAAACGGCAAAAAUCUUCUAUAAGACAUAUCCAUGUGAAGUGGAAGCGAAGCAACAGAUUGAAGAGGACUUAGCUUCGAUGCCAAGAGGUUCAAAGUCAUGUGAAGUUCUUUUGAAUGAAAUUAUAAGAAACAAAGCAAAUUGUUAAAUGAUUGCUAAUAUUUGGAAGAAACUCGCGGACAUCUUAUGAUUUGAUGCUUCACUAAAUUCAAUGUUUCAUUAAAAUUUCUACUGAGGUGUUUCACAUUCUCUUGUGUUUAGGUUUUUAUUGGCCU